ACGACACGCCAAAUUUAGCAAAGCACUUCAAUAAUUUACGUAUAUUCGAACCCCUUUGCGCCUCUGUAAAUUCUGACAUUUCUUCUCUCUCCGCAUCUCAGAAGAAGGAUACAACAAAAAUCAUUUGAAUUCUUAAAAGAGAGCCUUUAAAUACCUUUCGUCUCUCCACCUUCUCGUUUACAAUUAUUAGGGAUUUGUACAUUAUUUUUUCUGUAAUAUACUCUCUUAGGGAUUUACUUCUAAAACAUGUCUUACGCCUAUCUCUUCAAGUAUAUCAUCAUCGGCGAUACCGGAGUUGGAAAAUCAUGUCUUCUUUUGCAAUUUACGGACAAACGGUUUCAACCGGUCCAUGACUUGACCAUUGGGGUUGAAUUUGGGGCUAGAAUGAUCACAAUAGACAACAAGCCCAUAAAACUUCAGAUCUGGGACACGGCUGGUCAGGAAUCAUUCAGAUCUAUCACGAGGUCAUACUACAGAGGUGCUGCUGGGGCACUACUUGUUUAUGAUAUUACAAGGAGGGAAACAUUUAAUCACCUUGCUAGUUGGCUGGAAGAUGCAAGGCAGCAUGCCAAUGCAAACAUGACCAUAAUGCUGAUAGGAAACAAGUGUGAUUUGGCUCACAGAAGAGCUGUAAGUACAGAGGAGGGUGAGCAAUUUGCCAAAGAAAAUGGAUUGAUAUUUAUGGAGGCCUCUGCCAAAACAGCUCAGAAUGUUGAAGAGGCUUUUAUCAGAACAGCCUCAACAAUUUAUAAGAAAAUACAGGAUGGAGUGUUUGAUGUAUCAAAUGAGUCUUAUGGAAUAAAAGUUGGAUACGGAGGCAUUCCCGGGCCUUCGGGUGGAAGAGAUGGAGCUGCUUCUCAAGGAGGGGGUUGUUGUAGUUAAAAAUGGACAUUUAUUAUUCUAACUUAUCAUGUGUUCCUACGGUUGUUUAUUUGUAGUUUGAGAUUCUUAAUAUUGUGUGUUUUCUUCAGUCAGUUUGUUUUAAAAAUGGGUAUAUGUGCAGAAAUAAGUAAAUUCCGUACAUAAAGACACUGUAUUUUUUAUUUUUGCA